CCUUACUUUUCAAUUUAUUUUCUUCUGUUAUUUGUAGAUCGUAAAUCAAAAAAGUUAGUUGAAUUCCAUUUUAAUUUAUUCUAAUAGUUAAACAACAGUUUAGAUGUUUUCGAUUGAAUAGGAAAAUGAGUGAUGAAGAAGAUUUUAUUUGCAAGUGUACGGCAAUGCCAAAACUAACAAGCUUUAUUGUGAAGAAUAAUAGUGAGAAUAAAAGCGAAUUUGGGAAAGGAAAAUAUACGAAGAUAAAUGUCUCCUCUAAAAUGCCUAAAAUUAAUGCAACAGGUAGUACAGAAUCUAUGACAAAUAAGCACCACAUACCACCAAACAUAGAACAAACCAAGAAUAUUUCUAAUGAUAAUGGAAAUACGACAAAUUGCUGUUCCAAUAAAUCAGAACAAAGUUACACUGAUGGAAAUACAAAAUGGACCAAUCAUUCUUUAAAUAAAGUCGAUAGUUUAGCUGAUAAAAGUAGUACAAAUUUAAAGGAAAUUGAUAAAGACCUUUUUGAACAGUCUCAGAAUGAUUCUUUUAUUGAUUUAUGCAACUCUACGCAAUUCCUAGAACAAAUCGAUAAAUGUGUAUUAAAUAGUGGUUUAAUGACUCAAAAUGUAAUUUCAAAACCUGCAGUCACUUCUAUUAGUCAGAUCAACCCUCCUGCUGUAGAUAAAGAUGCAAAUAGAAAUAAAAGAAAAAGUUUUGAAAAGGAAGAGAAUGUAAGUAAAGUUUUGAAGAGGAAUAAUGAAACUAUCAGAAGUUCAAACAAAACUAAUGACGAUAUUUGGAAUGAAACCGUUGAUUUCCGUGUGACGCAGUUAUUUAAAAAUUCCCAAUAUCAAACUCAAAUAGCUUCAUUAUUUGAAGAAGUAGAAACAUCAAUUUUUCAAUUGGGGCCAAAUCAAGAUAAAUUUUUAUUGCCCGAUCAAACAAUUCGAAAUGACAAGAGAAUUCUUAAUUCUGUUACAAAUUUUAAUAAUUCUGAAAUUGAUUGGAAGAAUGAUUCACUGAUGGUAAAUGCAAUUAACAAAAUGGAUGAAGGCAAUGGCAAUUUUGAUAAUUCUUUAAAGAAUGCUCUUCUAAAAAAUAUUGAUAAAUCCUUUAUUUCACAGCAUUUAGUUAAUAAGACCUUGCUAACAGAAGUUGUGUUUAAAGAGUACGGACCUUUCUUUGGCUUGCCUAUGAAAGUGAAUGAACUAAUACAACAUUUCAAAGGAAUUGAAAAGCUGUAUGAUUGGCAGGAGGAAUGUUUAAAUCUACCGGCUAUAAAAAAUCGCUCUAAUUUAGUGUAUGCUUUACCUACUAGUGGAGGGAAAACACUCGUUGCUGAAAUUCUUAUGUUACGAGAAAUAAUCUGUCGUAGAAAAAAUGUUAUAUUCGUUUUGCCUUACGUUGCAAUUGUUCAAGAGAAAGUUUGGGCAUUAUCGCCGUUUGCUGUAGCUCUUGAUUUCUUAAUUGAAGAAUAUGCUGCGGGUAAAGGCACAUAUCCACCAAAGAAAAGAAGAUAUAAGAAUUCAGUUUAUAUUGCUACUAUAGAAAAAGCUUUAGGGCUUAUUAAUAGUUUAAUGGAAAAGGGACGCUUAGAUGAAGUAGGACUUGUAGUUGUUGAUGAGCUUCAUUUAGUUGGAGAACCAGGACGAGGACCUACUCUCGAAACGUUUCUGACCAAAAUUAUAUACAUGAAUGAAAUGAAAUAUACAGAUGGCAUUCAAAUUGUUGGUAUGAGUGCAACCAUAGGAAAUUUAUCUGAUAUUUGUACAUUCUUAAAAGCCGAUGUAUAUAAAAAAGAUUUCCGACCAGUAGAACUCAUUGAAUAUGUUAAAAUUGGUAAUGAAAUUGCCAGAAUUCACUGGGAUAAGCCAAAUAAUGAAAUGUUUCAAAUCGUGAGGAAAGAGGACUUUUCUUACUCUGAAGUUCUAAAGAAGAUUGACCCUGAUAGACUUGGAGGUCUUGUUAUGGAAGUAGUACCACGGGAUUCCUGCCUGAUAUUCUGUUCAUCAAAGAAAAGUUGCCAAAACGUAGCUCAUUUAUUAUGCAAAGUAGUUUUUCCAACUCUAAGAGAACAUAAGAAAAAGGAGAAAGAAGAUCUUAUAACUGCUUUAAAAAACGAAGGAAACAAUAAUAUUUGUGAAAUUCUGAAUGUUAGUAUUAAGUUUGGAAUUGCUUAUCACCACUCUGGUCUGUUAUCGGAAGAACGACGCCUUCUAGAAGAUGCUUUUAGAGAGGGCGUUAUUUGUGUUAUUUGCUGCACUUCUACUUUAGCUGCAGGUGUAAAUUUACCAGCAAAACGAGUCAUUCUGAGGCAGCCAUAUGUUGGUAGGGAAUUUAUAAACUUAUCCCGAUAUAAGCAAAUGGUUGGUCGUGCUGGAAGGGCCGGAUUCGGGGAAGUGGGAGAAAGUAUACUUAUCUGUACAAAGGAAGAUGUACCUAAAGUUAGGGAAUUGUUACAAUCACCAAUGGACAAAGCUUUGUCAAGCUUGCAUGCUUCUGAAGGAAAGGGGCUAAGACAUUUAUUUCUAAGCUGCGUUGGAUUAGGUACAGCUACCAAUAGAAGCCAGUUGCAGCAAGUAGCAAGUAAGAGUCUUCUAGCUGUACAACAAGAUAAGCUCAAUGUAAAUAUGAAGAAUUUAACCGACAACGCUAUUUGUAGUCUUUUUAAAUUAGGCGCAUUGCAAACCAAUGCUCAGAAACAAUCCUCUUCUACUUCAACUUCAUCAUCUCAUAUUAGUUUAAGGAUGGAGACAUCGACUAUCGUGAACGAAUCAAAAAAUAAAAAUACAUUGGAAACCCAUUCUCAGAAGAAACCUACAAUCACUCUGACGAAUAAUACUAAACUAAUUAUAAGUGAACUGGGGAAAGCAGCAAUCAAAGGUUGUUUGGAGUUAUCAAAAGCUCAUCUCCUUUAUGCCGAUUUGACUCAAGCUCAAGAAAGUCUUGUUCUUUUAGAUCACUUACAUUUGUUGUACCUCGUUACUCCUUACGACCAAUGUGAACAAAUUAAACCGUCCAAUUCUUUAUAUUAUAAUUUGUUAAUGAGACUAGGAAAAAGUGAAAAGAAAACCGCAAAAGUUCUGGGAAUUACCGAAUCUUGUACUACGAAGUUGUUUACAAAUCAGCAGAUAAAGACUGUAUCAGAGAACGUUUUGACUAGAUUUUACGUUUCACUAAUGUUGUAUGAUUUAUGGAAUGGUAUGCCAGUAUUUGACGUAUCUGAGAAAUACCAGAUUGAUCGUGGAUUAAUUCAGAGUCUAAUGAUUUCAUCUGCGACAUUUGCAUCGAAUGUCGUUGGUUUUUGUGAUGAAAUUGAAGAGUUUUGGCCAUUUAGACAUUUACUUAAAAGUUUAAGUGAAAGGCUGUCUCACUGUUCUAUGAAAGAGUUGCUUCCUCUUAUGGAACUGCCAUCCGUUAAACAGUCUCGAGCCAAGCAACUUUAUAAUGCGGGCUAUAAAACUCUUCAAAUUAUUGCAAAGUGUGAUCCAAAUGAACUUGUCAAAAAUGUUCAAUUUAUGUCAAAAAAAGUUGCUAAUCAACUUAUUGCAGCUGCGAAGAUGCUUUUACUGGAAAAGGUGGAGACGUUAAGAGACGAAGCCGAAAAUGUUUUAAAUGGCGAAGAGCAAACGUUGGAUUUAUCACUUUUCCAUUAGUGUUCCAUUAAUACCAUAAGGUUGUUUAAUCAUAAGUCAAGAAAACAGUAUUGUGAAUUUAAGUAUAAAAAAUAUAUAUUUGACUUUUGUUUUGUGUUAUACCAAGAUUUUUAUUAAGUUUUUUAGAAUUUAUAAACUAUUUUUGUACUUUUUAUAUUUUUGCAAUAAAAAUAAGCGUUAUUUAACAAUGCUAUACACAUCGAUUUUUUUGUGUUCAAUAUACUAGAUAUGUACACGUGUGCGCGUCAGUACCUACACCUAUCAUGUGUACAAAGUUUGAUAGAUGUUCCUAUUACCUGUACAUAUUUUUCUAAAAUCACAGGAAAAUAUUGACGUAUUACUUGUUAUAGUACAUUAGGGAUUACGCACCUAGGACAGCAAAAUAAA